UAGCCAGCAAGAAACACCCUAGUCAACAAAUCCCCAUUUCCCCAUUUUUUUCGUGCUGUUGUUCACUCACAAUCUCGAUGUUGAACCACGAUCACCAUGGCAAUCUCCAUAUCCUCGAAAUUCUAAACCUCUCAUAAACCCCCAAAACAACAGCAAAUCUCGCCGUCUCUCUCUCUCUAUAUUAUGCCUGUGGUUGUUGUUUCUGUUGCUGAUUUGGUUAAUCUGGUGUUGAUCCUCGUCUUCCCCUCUCUAUUCCAGUGUGUUCGACAGCAUUCGUCUUCUUCCGACGGUGAUUUUCACGAUGAUCGGUUGUUCAAGCUUCUGAUCAUCGGACUGAAACAGCGUAGUUUUGUUACCACUGUCUUCCACUCUUCCGCUAAUUUGGGAGCUUUAUACGAUCACCGCUUCCGUCGUAGUCGACUGCUAACCCUCCGAUUUCCGAGUUUAAAAUGAGUUUCUUGAGACCCUCUGUUUUGUACCAGCUCCUGUUCAUGCACUCGUGGCUACAGUGGAUGCCGUGUCAAAGUUGGGGGUUCCUUCGGUGGCCUGGGUUCGAUGGGCUUUUGAGAUGCUUAGUGGUGGUGCUUCUGUGGUCAACGUUUACGGAAAUUAACUUCAUAUGUUCCUCCUCUAUGUACCCCACUCUUCAUGUCCAAGAUCGAGUCCUCAUGGAAAGGUUAGUUCAUACCUGCAUUCAAAUCAUGCUUUCUUGCCCACGAUGGAUGCUGUCCAAGAGUUGGAAGUUCUUGCUAUGGACAAGUUAUUAUUUUUUGAGAUUUUUGAUGAAACUGGCUUUAAAGUCAAGGUAUAUAGAAAUUGGAUUCGUAGUGUCCACGUCUAGGCACCCUACUCUUCUUGUCGGUGAUGAAAUCGUUGUGGAAAAGGUGUCAUAUUAUUUCAGACGUCCUGCUAUUCAUGAAAUUGUAACUUUCAGAGCUCCGGUACGGCUACCAGGACACAGUGAAGAUGAAAUCUUUAUUAAGAGGGUUGUUGCAAGAGCAGGAGACUUGGUUGAGGUUCGGGAUGGGUCCCUUUAUGUCAAUGGGGAUGUCCAGACUGAAGAUUUUAUCUUAGAGCAGCCAAAUUACAUAUUGCACUCAACCUGUGUUCCUAAAGAUCAUGUUUUUGUGAUGGGUGACAACCGCAAUAACAGCUUGGACUCUCGUGAUUGGGGACCCCUUCCUAUCAAAAACAUAAUUGGAAGAUUUGUCACACAUGUAUACAGACUUACGUACAAUUAACCCAUUGGCACCAGGGCAUGGGCUAGAAGUUCCAAAAUUCUCUUACUCUCCAUGUGACGGUUUAAAAGGAAUUCCCUAAUGUUGUGCUAUCCCAAAUCCAUGACUGUUAUUCAUUCAUUGAAUGUAUUCAUCAGAUGUUUCUCCAAUGUUUCAUAGUGUACAAAGUUGCAUCCGAUAAUUUGAUUUCUGUUAACUCCUGCAUCUCCUUUCCAAGAUGGUUUGUGCCAUGAAUCUCUUGUUCCCAAAGUUCUUGGCUAUAACAGAGGUUCUAGACCACGUUUUUUUUAACCCAACAAACAGAUACAAUGGAGAGAAAAAGCUAGUGAUCUCUGGUUCAUUCUGCAAUGUGGCAGAUUUCAGGGGUCAAACACUAACCCUUUUUCCCCUUAUGCCAAAUCUCAAUACCAGGCAUGCCCAUGUGUAUAAAUCUAAGAAAGGUAUACCAAUCGGUUAGGUGGUGAAGAUCUUUCUGUCGAGUUGGGCUUAUCCUUGCGAAGUUAGAAGCCUAAAAGCGUGUGGGAUUCAUAGCAGAUCUCCUUUGUACAUCAUCACAUGAUGAAAUCUCCUUUUCCUUUGUAGUCAAAAGUUGGUUUUCUUUCUUCCUACUUAUCAAGUACCCGCAUGCUUGCAAUGCCUUUAAGUA